GGAGGGAGCGCGAGGCCGCGCCCGCCUCCGCCUCCCGCGUCUGGCGCGUCGGUCGGGCCCGGCCCGGCCCCGGCGCCUCAUUGUGCUUCGCCUCACGCCGGCCCAAGAUGGCGGCGGCACCGGAGAGCCCCGCGAGCCGCUAACGACAAUAGAAGGAGGCUGAGGGGAACGGGCGCCCCCACCGGCACCGGCUGCCCCUCCCCGCCUCUCCCGCCUCGCCCUCCCCCCCCCACGCUGCCGCCGCACCUCGCACACGCCCCCCGGCCGGGCCCGGCCGCCACACCCCACCCCGGCCGGCCCCUCUAGCAUGGUGCGGGGCCGCCGCCGCCGCCUCCUCCUCCGGCUGCCGACAUGGGCGAAAGGCUGGAGCUCCGGCUGAAGUCGCCCGUGGGAGCUGAGCCCGCCGUCUACCCCUGGCCGCUGCCCGUCUACGACAAACACCAUGAUGCUGCUCACGAAAUUAUCGAGACAAUUCGGUGGGUCUGUGAAGAAAUCCCAGAUCUCAAGCUUGCUAUGGAAAACUAUGUUUUAAUUGACUAUGAUACAAAAAGCUUUGAAAGCAUGCAGAGGCUUUGUGACAAGUACAACCGAGCCAUUGAUAGCAUUCAUCAGUUGUGGAAGGGAACCACCCAGCCGAUGAAACUGAACACUCGUCCCUCCAACGGGCUUCUCCGGCACGUCCUGCAGCAAGUGUAUAACCACUCGGUGACCGAUCCAGAGAAACUUAACAACUAUGAGCCCUUUUCCCCAGAGGUUUAUGGAGAAACUUCCUUUGACUUAGUGGCGCAAAUGAUAGAUGAAAUUAAAAUGACAGAGGAUGAUUUGUUUGUUGACUUGGGCAGUGGUGUGGGUCAGGUGGUGCUUCAAGUGGCUGCAGCCACAAACUGCAAACAUCACUAUGGUGUGGAAAAAGCUGAUAUUCCAGCCAAAUAUGCUGAGACAAUGGACAGAGAGUUCAGGAAGUGGAUGAAAUGGUAUGGGAAAAAACAUGCAGAAUACACACUGGAAAGAGGUGACUUCCUCUCAGAAGAAUGGAGAGAGAGAAUUGCAAACACAAGUGUUAUUUUUGUGAAUAAUUUUGCCUUUGGUCCUGAGGUGGAUCACCAACUGAAGGAGCGAUUUGCGAACAUGAAGGAAGGUGGGAGAAUUGUGUCCUCAAAACCUUUUGCACCUCUGAAUUUUAGAAUUAACAGUCGAAACUUGAGUGAUAUUGGCACUAUAAUGAGAGUUGUGGAGCUAUCACCACUGAAAGGGUCUGUGUCAUGGACCGGGAAACCAGUUUCUUACUACCUGCAUACUAUUGACCGAACCAUACUUGAAAACUAUUUUUCUAGUCUCAAAAAUCCAAAACUCAGGGAGGAACAAGAGGCAGCUAGACGUCGUCAACAAAGAGAAAAUAAGAGCAACACAACUACUCCAACGAAGGUUCAAGAAAACAAGGAUUCUGGUGCUGAUGAAGAAAAGGCUGGGGCAAAUUCUGUUAAAAAGCCAUCUCCCUCCAAAGCACAGAAGAAAAAGCUAAGUAAAAAAGGAAGGAAAAUGGCAGGCAGGAAACGAGGACGUCCCAAGAAAAUGAACACUGCAAAUACAGAGCGCAAGACCAAGAAGAACCAAACUGCACUAGAACUUCUGCAUGCUCAAACUGUUUCACAGACAUCUUCAUCCUCUCCUCAGGAUGCAUACAAGUCACCUCAUAGUCCAUACUACCAACUACCUCCUAAAGUGCAACGGCAUUCAUCUAACCAGCUACUGGUGACACCUACCCCACCUGCACUACAGAAGCUGCUAGACUCGUUUAAGAUCCAGUACAUGCAGUUCAUGGCAUAUAUGAAAACUCCUCAGUAUAAAGCAAGUCUGCAACAGUUACUGGAGCAGGAAAAGGAAAAGAAUGCUCAGCUACUGGGGACAGCACAGCAGUUAUUUACCCACUGCCAGGCACAGAAAGAGGAAAUCAAACGUCUUUUUCAGCAGAAACUUGAUGAGUUGGGAGUUAAAGCUCUGACAUACAAUGACCUGAUUCAGGCUCAGAAGGAAAUCUCUGCUCACAAUCAGCAACUGAAAGAACAGACAAAACAGCUGGAGAAGGAUAACAGCGAACUCAGGAACCAGAGCUUACAGCUGCUUAAGGCACGGUGUGAAGAACUGAAGCUGGAUUGGUCAACAUUGUCACUGGAGAACUUGCUGAAAGAGAAGCAGGCGUUGAAGAAUCAGAUUUCUGAGAAACAAAAGCACUGUUUGGAAUUGCAGAUCAGCAUUGUGGAACUUGAGAAAAGUCAAAGACAGCAAGAGCUCAUGCAGCUGAAAUCGUACACACCAUCUGAUGAGUCACUGUCAGUACAGCUACGCAAUAAAACCCAUUUGAGCCGUGAUCCUGAGGCUGAUCACAGCAAGUUCCAGCUGGAGCUUGAAUGCUCUAAGUUUCCUAUGCCCCAUAUCAAUGGCAUGAGCCCUGAACUGUCCAUGAACGGCCAUGCUACUCCCUAUGAAAUUCAUAACACUUUUAGCAGGCCCUCUUCCAAGCAGAACACCCCUCAGUACACGACCUCUCACCUGGACCAAGAAAUAGUCCCGUGUACCCCCAAUCACAGCAGCAGACAGAGGACAGACAAGAUGACAAGCUUGUCCUUACCUGAUUAUACCAGGUUUUCCCCAGCUAAAAUAGCACUGAGGAGACACUUGAAUCAAGACCAUGCAGUCAAUGGAAAAGCAACAAUUAAUGAGAUACAGAGAGCUGACCAUGUCAAAGAGAAUGGCCUUACAUAUCCAAGCCCUGGUAUUUCAAACAGCAUAAAGCUGAGUCCUCAGGAAACUCGGCCCUCUUCCCCAGCGGCCUUACCAGGUGCAGGCGAGAAGGUUUUGAGAGAGAGAACCUCUGUGAGUAAUGGAGAAACUAUCACCAGCCUACCUAUCAGUAUUCCUCUCAGCACAGUGCAGCCCAAUAAACUCCCUGUUAGUAUCCCUCUGGCCAGCGUAGUCCUACCUAGCCGUGUUGAGAAGGUGAGAAGCACACCUAGCCCAGUUCAUCAGAGUAGAGACUCAUCGACGCUUGAAAAGCAGAUUGGUGCUAGUUCUCAUAAUGGUGUAAGCAAUGCUGCUGGAAACAAGCCACUGGCUUUGGCUACCUCAGGUUUUUCUUACUCUUCUGGCUCCGUGGCAGUCAAUGGAAAUCUUACAAACAGCCCAGCCCAUCUUAACCAUAGUGUUGAUCAGGCAGCUCUGGACGACUCUGGGAGUCUGUUUAACACAGUAGGGUCUCGGAGUUCCACUCCACAACAUCCUUUGCUAAUGAUGCAGUCAAGGAACUCUGGGCAAAACUCCCCUGCUCACCAGCACUCAACAAGCCCCAGGUUAAAUGGCACCUCCCAGAGCCUGGUAGGGGUUUUGCAAUAUGCAGAUGCUCAGAAGAUGUUUGCCGAAGGAACAAAGGGGGAUCUUCAGUCUGAUGCAGCGUUUUCAGAUCCUGAGAACGAGGCCAAGAGAAGAAUCAUCUUUACAAUCUCUCCUAAUACAGGACAUGUAAAACAAUCCCCUUCCAACAAGCACAGUCCUCUGCCCGCAAGCGCUCGGCUGGACUGUGGCCAAGCACACACGCAGGAUGGGAAGAAGCGAGGCCGGAGGAAGAGAUCCUCUACUUGGAAUCUCAGCGGGAACUCCGGGGUCUCCCCUAAACGCAAAUCCUUACCUACUGUGUCUGGACUCUUUAUGCAACCGUCGGGUUCACCACUCAAUAUCAACUCCAUGGUCAAUAACAUUAACCAGCCAUUAGAAAUAACAGCCAUUUCCUCUCCUGAAAACUCCCUGAAGAACUCUCCUGUUCCUUACCAGGACAAUGACCAGCCCCCUGUACUGAAAAAGGAAAAGCCCAUCAUUCAGACCAACGGCGUUCAUUACUCUCCUCUGACAUCAGAUGAAGAGCAGGGAUCUGAAGAUGAGCACAAUAGAAGCAGAAUUGAAAGGAAAAUUGCAACGAUAUCAUUGGAAAGCAAAUCUCCACAGAAGACUGUUGAAAAUGGUGGCAGCUUAUCUGGGAGGAAACAAGCACAAAGCAACGAGAACAUGAAUAGCAGUAAAUGGAAAUCUACUUUUUCACCAAUAUCUGACAUCAACCUGGCCAAAACUACAGAUAGUCCCUUGCAGUCGGUUUCAUCUCUGAGCCAGAAUUCGCUGUUUGCCUUCAAGCCGUCCUCUGAGGAUAGCCUUGCCAUUGACACCAAGAUCACAGCACACACAAGGAAAAGCAUUGCCAUGCCCUCGUCUGGGGCAGACGGGCUUAGCCCUAGUACAAACUCCACUAACGGAUUCACAUACAAUGGUGGACUGUCAGCUGACAUCAGUUUACACAGCUUUAUCGAUGGUGCUUCUCUUCCGCAUAAGGCUUCAGACAUGACGACUUCCAGCUGCUCCCUGGGUUUCCAGUCGCAGCGAAGCAAAGAUGUGGGGGUAUCGGAAACGAAUCCUUUUUUGAACAAGAGGCAACUCGAAGGCCUCAGCGGCAUGAAAGGAGAAGAUUUGAAUCGAUCAGGAGUCAAAGGCAAAGAGAUCAGUGAAAUAAGUAUUCGUACUGGGGGUUCUUCAGAAAAAAACUCUUUGCAGCAUAACGGAAAGUUUGGCAAAGGAAGGGACCGAGAUGUGGAGUUUAAAAAUGGCCACAACCUUUUCAUUUCUGCUGCUGUUUCAUCUGGUGGCCUUCUGAAUGGUAAAAGCCUUUCUACUGCUGUUUCUUCAGCAGGCAACCCAGCAUCUUCUGUUCAGACACACCAUCCUUUCCUAAACACUUUGACCACUGGAUCGCAGUUCCCCCUCGGCCCCAUGGCCUUGCAAGCCAACCUCAACUCGGUGACAAAUUCCUCAGUAUUGCAGUCCUUAUUUAAUUCAAUGCCAGCUGCUGCCAGUCUGGUCCACGUGUCAUCAGGUGCAACCAGACUGACUAACUCUCACACUAUGGGGAACUUCUCUCCUGGGGUUACAGGUGGAACAGUUGGAGGUAUUUUUAACCAUGUGGUGCCUUCUGCCUCCUCUCCUCAUCAAUUUGGAGCCAGUUUCAGCAGCAGUGCUGUCUCUAGCAGCACAGUGCUAAGCUUAAACCCUCUGCAGGCUGUUGCCAGCACCUCAUCCUCAUCCUUCCCACCCCCUUCCUCUAAUUUAGUAACAUCUAGUGAGACUAGAUCUGCUCAGCACCUCAACAGAGCGCCAGUGCAAUCUGUUUUCCAUUCCCCUCCGCCCCCUCCUAAUGUUUCAUUGCCCCCACCUCCUCCAUUACUUGCUUCUAACUCCGAGCCUGUGCUUCUGCAGAACCUGCCAUCCAUCCCACCUAGUGAAGCUUUUUUGCCAUCCUCUUCUGCUGCUUCUGUCCAAUCUGCUAAUGCUUCUUUGUCUAUUAAGCUAGCUUCUCUCCAGCACAAAACCUCCCGCCCCUCCUUUACAGUCCAUCACCCACCUCUGCCCCGUUUGGCGCUGGCACAGUCCGCGCCCAUGAUCACGCAGUCCAACGCAGCUGGCACGUCCGCUAUGUGGGUUACACUUGGCAUGCAGUCUCCUUAUGCUUCGCACCUUUCUGGGGUUAAGCCACGAUAAAGAGCUUGCUUAGCUAACAGUUCUUAUUUUGUAAGGUAAGGCUAGAGAAAAAAGAAGAGGAGUUUUGUACAAGAUGUGGAAUGAUGCUUCUUCCUUUUCAGAGAUAGUUUGGGGAUGGGCUCUAUGAAACAGAGAAACCUCUAAAAUGUGGGAGGCAAAUAAUCUGAUUGCAGAGGAUGGAGAGUGUUAAUGCUCUCUGCUCCUGGGAGUAAAGAUUUCUCGACAAGGAGUGCUCACAAUGGUAACUCUGGUCUGUCUUAUCUGACAUUAGGAUUAUGUUCAGGUUAGGAUCACUUCAUGAAAAUGUUUGUCAAGAUCGGUAAUCAGGAAGAAAUGUCUAUUUUUUAAAUAUGGUUUUGUACUCUUACUGCAAGUGGCUGUCGCCUACUUUGAUUCCCCCUCCCCUCUUCUUGCCCUCUGACACAGACUGUUGCAUCUCUACAAGUCCACGUUCACAUAGCAUUAGGAUAUGUGAUGGUGCUGCUUUGUGACUGUAUGUGGCAAUGCAGUGGUCUUGUUUUUACUGUAGUCAAAACCAGCUGCUCUAAAUAAUCACGAAGUUAAAAAUCUCUAGGCUACAAGCUGCAGCUUUGCCUUGGAGAGCGAAUGCACUGGUCUUGCAUUGCAGUUAAUGUGCCCCCUGCAUCACUGGAAAACAACCACAGGUAGCAAAGAAGGGGUGUAAUUUAUCUGUGCACUGCAGCUUCAUUGGACUUGCCUGCUAGGGCUAACAGUUACCAUCAGAUGCUAUAUUUAUGCUCACUUGGCAAUCACUGGCUUACUGGGUAGACUGUGAAUGAGAACACAGUGAAUCUGCAGGGUUAACUGUGGUCCAUGCUUCAUAAAGGCUGGGGCUGUAGAAGAAAGGAGGGUUUCUGGAGACUGUAUGCAUUUUUACUGAAGCAAAUAUUUAAAUGUCUUUAGAGCAACUCCAGAAUAAAGUGUACCACCACAGAGUUGGGUACUGUUGUUAAUGAAACUACUCUGUGGCAUCCUGAUGUAACAACUUGUGCUUGCAAAAUUAAAUCAGUAUGUUAGGCCCCAGAGCUUGCUCCAUGCUUUUCUUGUAGGUCCUUGAUGUUGUUGCUGUUCGCUGAUACCAAAGCUACGUACAAUAUAUGGUUGAAUACUCUUUGCCGCUUAUAAAACAUAUGACUCAAUUACAAUAUACCUGAGAGAUUCUUUUGACUGUGCAUUGUGUAUAGUGUCUUCAUCAUCAAGUUGCUCCACAGACAUGAACAAGUCCUCAUUAGGCUUUUGUGAGGCACAUAAGUAUUACCUCCGUCCUUCUAUACAAGAAAGCGAGGCUGAGGAAGGGUUUUGAGUAAUGCAGUCCCUGUGCGCCCACAGGGACAAAGUGUGACGUGGUUACAGAAUGGGCUUGAAAGACCCUGAAAUGAAAUAAGAUGGGCGAGGAGGGAUAGACCUGGGGUUUUGUAUACAUGAGCGACUCAAGCGAGAGCAGCAUGGAAGCCUUCUGCUGAAGCAGUUGCCUUACCUGGAACUGAGGUCAUAUUGCACUAGACUCCAAACCAUGGGAUGUGGUGGUGCCUGUCACAAAAAGGUUCUGAGCAAAAUAGGCAAGGCACAAAAGUGAUGUAUGGAGAAGGGUAGGUGGAUGGCAAAGCUGGACUGCAGAGCAAAGGAGCAGAAAUAACACCACCAGGAGAUGGUGUUUGACAGACAUACCAUAGCUGUGGUCCCGCUCCCUGUGACUCUUGAAUGCAGGUCAAAUAUUUGAGCAGUUCCAUUGGCUUCAGUGUGAAUACGUGUGCUCAGAGUCCUCAGUGAACCAAGGUUGAAAUCUGGAAUCGGGGGCUAAAGUAAACUGCUUUGCUUCUCAUAAUGUUUCUGCCCCAGAGUAAUAAAAAAUUAAAAGCAGAUUAGUGAGUGCUAGAAAAAGGUGAAGUACUAAGUGGGAAAACACUUUUUCCCCCCGACUUGAGGUCAGUCACAGGAUAAGAGUUCAGUAUGGUCACACUGUCAGAAAGCUUUAAAAACAGCAGUAGCCGUGACGGGCCGCGUGUCACUCUUGGAGGCAUCCUUUCUGUCUGAUUGAGGUUGGGUCAAGAGUUGCUCCUUCUUUGCUGGCUAACGAGGUCUUGGGGCAUUGUAGAAAUGAUUGAUACAUCUAACACACAGUAGAUUUUUAUCUUUUAUUUAGAUGAGUCUCUUCCUCUCCUCCUGUUGUGCAGGUAACUAGGAUUUCUACCUCAACCCAAUGUGACCUAUGCAAGGACAAUGUGGACCAACUUCACUCGGCUUCCACUGAAAGGUGCUCACCUGGCCUGUGCAGGGGUUUCUACUCUCUUACUACUGGACAAAAUAUAAACAUAAAAAGACCUAAACAACAGAGAAAAUAUUUACUGUGAAUCUGAGUAAAAAAGAAAAAAAAAAAGGCAAAAGAAAUGCUUAAAGCUCCAGUUUGUAUUGUUGAUAGUUUAGAUAAAGUAUUUAUCUUUUUUAAAGUGAAAACAAUUUUGACUUAUUUUAUUCCACCUAGAAUCAUAAAUACAACUUAUUAUUAAAUUAUCUGAAUAAUAAAGGACUGGCACACCAGCAGAGAUGUAAAGAGCUUCCUCGGUGCUAUUUCAUCCGUCAGAACUGUGCCUCUAGUUUGAAUCCUUGGUGCUGAAUUUGGAGGGUUGACCAAUGCCAAACCCACUUCUCAGAAAGGCCUGCAGUUUAUUUAUUCCAGUUACUCUGUUCAUAUACCAAAAAUCUGCUUGGUUUGCAGCAGUGUGAGCUACGGAGAACGGCAGCCUUUAGUGUUUUAAUUUGAACUGAGCCAGGCGCUCUGGUAACUGGGUGGUUUUUAAUUGUGUUAAUUACAAACAAGAUCUCAGUACUCCCCUCUGGAGUGGCAGCUAGAGUGCCUGGGGUCGCCCAGGCAAGCUCAGCCAAUGCAGGCACAGUUUGAACAGAAGAAAUUCAAGUCCUGCCCCGUUGUAACUACUGCACUGGGCCAUUUGCAGUUGCUGGUGGCACUCAAGUCACUGUGAAUUUUGGUAGCUAGUCUGGUAACUUGUUUGGGACGUCAUUGGCAUAUGAACAGGGUGCAUAAUCACUGGUAUUGGUCAGGCCCUUGUUACCAACGUUGGGAAGACUGAACGUAGUGCUUCUGUACUGGUGCAGGUAGCAGAUUUUCUCAGCUUGUUGUUUUUGUUCAAAGUACAAUGUAUUUUGUUAGUAGGGUUUUGAUACUUGAUUCAGAGAUGGCUUAGCUGUGUACAUUUAUUGGCGAAGUGCAUUUUGCUUUUGUAUUUCUUUGCUUUAAGUAGGUCUAAAUGGUAGUUCACAAAAACACCACAAUCUAGCUUACCGUGCUGUCACACUAUCAAACUGGUGCAGUUAAUUGUAUUGUGACUUGGUGUUCUGUGUACAGAAAGUGCCGCUCGGAGCGGCGGCUGUAUUUUAUAGAGAUGUGAUGAAAAAUUAUAAAUGUCAUAUACUUUAUUUCAUUUAUUUUUAGAUUGUACAAUGCACAGUAAACUUGUUAAAACUUAUUUAUUCAAAUGCACAAAGUGAGGAGAAGGAUGAUCUAUUAAGUAGAAAUCACGCUGGUCUGUAGUUCAGAUGGAACCAAGCACCAAUAAAGGAAACAACAGUAAAAGAGGGGGAAUUGCAACAGCAAAAUGACUAGAAGAAAAGCACAUUUAGGCUUUGGGAAACACCUGCCUGCUAGCCCCGGUGCUCUGAGGGGCAGCAUGGACUGCUCUGCGUCAGAGGCACUCACUGUCCUUAAAUCCCUCCUAGGUCGCUAGCACUCCCUAACGAGUCCCCCACCUCCAGCAAUCGGGCAUUCACCUUAGAUUUGAGCCCUGCUUUACCAGCCACCCAAUGGAGCGUCCCACGGUCACAAAAAGCUGGGCUGAACGCAUUAGCUGUUUAACUCCUGCCUCUGUUUUUUGAAGUAGGCAAGAUACUUCUGCCCUCGGGCGCACUCUCCUGCUGUCUCGAUCCAGGAGGAACAGUUGUGAGCGUCAUGCUGGCCAUGCUCAAGAGGGUGGUGGGGGAGCGGUGCCGUAACAGCUCCUACCCUCUACAGGCUUCAGUUAGGCCCUUUUCCCUGUACCUCAUCCCUGGCAAUCUUAGUAGAGAUUUAGGACAAAGUGCAGUUAUUUUGUUGAUUCUAAGUGUGUCUUCCAUAGGCAGCCUUUGUGCGCAGAAACUGUCGAUCUAACUUUGCCUUCUUAUUCACUGGAAAGGGAAGGGAUUGAUAGCCCUGGAAAUUAGGGACGUUUUGGAACUGUUUUCUGCUGUGCAUGUGGGAGAGGACUUGACAGCGGUGCGCCCUGCUGAGUUAUUAACAGCAAGAUGAAAACCUGGAAAAAGGCAAAAAUGCUCAGAGGGUGAUAGCUGAGAAACAUCCAGUAGCUUCUAGUAGAAGCCGUACAGUUUAUGUCCUGGAAUCCAGGAAGACAAUGUAACCCAGACGUUUUGCAGCUGGGAGUUGGGCAGCUCCAGCUUCUUCCAAUCCUUGGGUAACUAGAAGUUGCAGAGCUGCCUUAGCAUCCUUCCCAGCAAACGGCAGAGUGCUCAGGUCUUUGAAGGCUUUAAAUUGGUAGGCUGUGCCUGAGCAAUUGCUGGAGGGGCAGCAGCCUUAAUUACAUCUCCCCCCUAUCAUUUAUAUCCCUGAUGAGAUAGAGACGAGGAAAUGCAAGUAGAAGCUUUUAAUCACUCUGCUUUUAUCAGAUCCUUUUCUGAAAAGGGACCAAGAUACGGUGCUCCUUGGGACUCUUGUGCCCCCCUUUAUCUCAAACUGCGGAAGGCAUCCAGCAAGAGAACUCGGCUACCAUCGCUUGUUCUGUAUGGGGAGGGUUUGCUUGUGCUCAUACCCGAGGCGCUCACAGGACACCAGCAAAGAUGCCUGUUUGGAGGAGAAACCGACUGAGAGCUCCCUUGAACCUGCUCUGCUGUCCAGUACAUGCUGGAGGCCCGUAUCGCCCAGCUGGCUCCUGGCACUCCUCCUCAGCUGAAGGGCAUGGCCAGAUCCGUGUUGCGGGAAUGACUUGCUUUGCCCCAAGGUUCACAGCAUUUCAGGAGUCGGUGUCUGGGGAGCAAGACAGAACUGUGAGGCAUGGUUUAGUGGUGGACUUGGCAGUGUUAGGUUUACAGUUGUACUCUUGCAUCUUAAGGGCCUUUUCCAACAUAAACAAUUUUAUGACCCUUCAGAGCAAAGGCCCUGGGUAAGGAGUCUGUCAUCUGCUCUCUGGUGGGUGUCAUGGAAAAGCAAAACCCCCUCUGUCCCUCAGUGUCACCUGUGGUAGCGGGUGCUUUGGUGAUCGGUAGCCAGCCAGUGUCUAUUGCAGGACUUGCUCACGAGCAGCUGUUGGAAAUCAGCAGCACAAGCCUGCUCGCUGUAGCUGAGCACAUGUGCACUAUCGAGAUGUUUUCAACUACCCAGGAUUUUGGAGUCUGUGACUCUCCAGCCGUCAUCCGGGAAGGCCAAAGGAAACCAGAUGCUGACCCAGGAAUAAACGCAUAGUUGGGACGUACUUGAAAGGGAUUCAGAUUGCCGGCCAACCUGCUGAGCAUCUGCUUCAGCCUCCUGGCAUCCGUUGGGACCGGGCCUUCACCUACCUCUGCAUCACCUCAGUGCUGUCAUUCCCAGUGACCCGAUGUUACCAUCUUGGCAGCCCACUCUGCAGGAGUCUGGAGCUGCUCUGCCCUUGCCAGUGUCUUCCACCCACACCUGGCACGGUUGGCACUUUCACCUUGCGAUGCAUUGCAUAAUUGCAGUGUGUUUCACUUGUGCGGCAGCUCUAAUCUAAAUCCUUGUACUAAUCCCCACCGAGAUGCGCUCCCAGGAAGGUGCCUGAUAAGCUAAUGCUUGCAGGGAGUAGUGUGAGAUGGGAAGCCAGGUGAGUGCAGGUUUUGCAUUGAUGUAGUAUUGCGUUAGCUGGGAGAUGUUGUUGCCAAGAGAUUUGUGUUGUCGUCUUCCCUGCUCCCUGAUCUUUUAUCGCUUUGUCAUAAUUUCAGGCAAGUUCAACUUGUUUCUCUGUCUGCAAAACAGGGAAAGCAUUUACCUUACUGCAGGGUUGCUGAAGGAAUAGGUUUGAGAUGUUGAGAUCUGAUCCAUAUGGCUACAAGAAUAAGACCCUCGUGACCCUACUGUAGGAACACCGUGCCAGAGGUCUGAAACCUGUUUUCAAUAAUUGGAGAUACUUUUGAGUAAUCAAAGCCAAACACCCAGUUCCAAAAAGGAAUUCCUUCUGCAUUACCACAUCCUGCCGGGUCCAGUCAUUUCAUGGCCGUCACACAUGUUCCUUCUCCUCCACACCGCUGCUGCCAGCGAGGGACUCAUCAGGAAGCUAAAAUACAUCUUGUAGCACAUAUGUUGCCAAAAAAAUUGGAACUUCCUGAGCAUUGUGCUGAGCAAAACCUGUGCCCUGCUGCUAAACGUCAGCCUUGAGGAACAAGCCUUGCGCACUCUUCCUUUUUUGGUGAUUUGCUACCUCUGGCUCGCGCUUGCUGGGUUCAGUCCAGAGACCCACCGUGCUGCGAGGCUGGGAGUGCUCCAGAAGCGCUAAACCUAAACUCACUGCUGCAGAGUAGUCAUUCUGCAACAACUCUUCCAUUAGCCAGGGGUGUCUGGAGCACCCAGCAAUCAGAUUUCUCUGCUUUUCAUGUAGCUGAGGGAGAAAGUAGGAAAACAUCGCUGGGGGACAUAGAAGCUUGGCUUGCUGAAACUGAGCUGGUGUGCAGGGUGGCUGUUCCUGCAUCGCCUCUUGGUGCAAAUGAGGCUGUUUCCUUUAGGAAGGUGUGGAUCGAUCUGGACAACCAUAAUAAUGGGAAGCACCUUCACCUCUCUUAGUUCAGGUCGUGGAUGCAGUGGGAGAGAGGUGAAGGGGAAGCUGUUCUUUGGGGCAGCUGCCAACAACAGGGAGCGCAGCGCAUUCAUGAUGUGCAUGACAUUUAGAGACAGAGCACCAUCUCCGACUGGUUUCUUCUAAUAGCAGGAACUCGUGUCUCCUUGGCCAAAUAUAGAAAUAUUUUCUUGUGCUUCCAUCUCAUGUCCUUCCUUCCUCAUGGUGAUAGCUGCUUUAUCUCUUAGCACAUGCUUUGUGCUCGCCCCGCUGUUUGCUGGGAUUUGGCUUGGCUCUGGGUGUGGGCUCAACCUGGGUUGUGAAGCCUGAAUUCUGCCUGUGCCAGGACUCACUGGUGGGAUGGGCAUGUGGGGAUGAAGGUCAGCUCGUAGGGUCUGAAUCUGUGACUGUGCCUACAGUUGCGGAAGUACCCCAGGCAGGAAGGUUGCAUCACUUGAUCAUGAAGGGAUCUCCUAGUCAUUGGUUUUGUGAAUCAAGAGCUUUCAAAUCCCCGGGACUCAACACACAGCCUGAAACUCACCCAACCGUUUGUCACACUUGGUUACUUCAUCUCAAGUCAAAGUGUUGAGUAGCUUUUUUUCUUUCUUUAGUCGAACUUAAUACCCGAGCAAGUAACUUCUUCAUUUGAAAUCUGCUGAGCAGAUGGGGUUCAGGCUUGAUAAGCUCUUCCAUUGCAUCUGAGUAAUGUUUUGGAGUGGAACAUCGCUUCAAUACUGCUUGGCCUUCGUAGCUGGUCGGGGUUGACUGUGUGGCUCAGUGCAGCAUGGGCAGGUGUGUGGCUGCCUGUGGGUACCUGCCUUCACUCUGCUGGGAACAAGAGUUUCCUUCUGAGGGGUGUGGGUGACACUUCUUCAUCCUCCUCCCUCGGGGGUUGGACUAGAUGACCUUUAAAGGUCCCUUCUGACCCAAACCAUUCUAUGACUCUGUACAGACUUAUCGGGGGUAGUUGCUUUGCCUCAGAAAAGAAAUGGGAGGGUGUGGGUGGGAAGGAGAUGGAUGUAAGCCAGAUCUGCCUCGCCUGCUUUUAUUGCAGUGCAGAUUCAUACCGAACGCAGGGGGGCUACAACAGUGUUUGCAGGUCGGGUGCUUCACACCACGGUGCACUUAUUCCCCAUGGUGAUGAGGUUCUGUCUCAUCCCAGUCUUCCCUGCAGGGGAGGCUGUGUCUUCCCAUACUGCUGGGCUUCCCCUUCCAGGAGAUGGUCUCUUGCUCUGGAGUAACAAGGCCACGGACAGGCAGCUUGGGGUUGCCUCCAGGGACCUGUGUGGUUUGAUUCUUGCUAGGAUUGUAUAUUUAGAAAGCAGCAUCUGCUCCCCCCACCCAUUUUUUUUCCACUUGGAAGAGAGUCCAAGCAGAAGACAGGCUGAGCGAUUGCAUGGCAAGAGAGAGCAUCAGUGGAUGCAGAGCUGGUAUCUGCAGCAGGGUAGGCUUGGCUCUUGUUCAGGUGAUUGUUUUUUUGCAGGACACAGAGUCACUGCGAGCAGUUUGAGGGCCAGCACAUGCUUUCAUCUCUUCUGAGUUUAUUCAGAGGGCCCACCGCUUUGUCACUCCUGUGGAUGUCAGCAGCCUUCGCACGAGGACCUGUGGGACCUGUGCCCUCACGAUGCUCCUGCAGCAGGGACUCAUUGGCGCAGCGCUGCUGCUGCAGGGUGGUUCUGCAGGCAGGGGAGGUUUGCGGGAUUAGGCCUUGAUGUUACAAACGGCUGCUCUGUCAGCCUGUGGUUGCCUGCCCUGCUCGAGGUUUUGCUGCAUUGCUGGAAGAGGAAACUUCCAGUGCUGGGAGCAUGUUUUCAAGCUGCUGAUCAGAGACUCCCCUCCUGCCUCAGACUUCCCCAUGGCCCUUCCUUCCCCAGCCGGGUCUGGAGUUGGUGCUAAUCACCUCCAAGCACUAAUAACAAACAAACACAUGCGUCCCCAGCCCGGGUUGCCAUCCCUUGCUGGAGCCGACUGGUGCCAAUCACAGGUGCUGCUCACAGAAGAGCCGUUCAUUAGGACUUGGUAAUUUUGCCCUAGUGCCGACAUAAGGCGGCUUUGGUUGAUCAAGUCCUAUGCAUAACUCACUGCUUUGUGUUGAAAUCAGUCCUUUUAAUACAGGGUAUGGAAACCUGAAGAUUACUGAGGUAUUUUUUUUCUUGGAGGGAGUUAUCCCAACUCACACAGGUGGCUGUCUUGAAAAAUUCUGCAUUUGUUGUUUUGCCAAAAGCAUAAAGAGGAUUAAGCAUUGGGAGCUCCAAAUGAUGAUUGCUUCAGUUAAGGGAUGGUCAUUGUACAGUGGACUGCAAACCCACAAUAAUGUAUUUUAAAAUCACAGUUUGGGGAGAAGAAACUAGACAGUGUUUUUGUGAACUAUCUUUACAGCACUGAGGAAAAAUCACAAGACUCGGAGUUUUGGGAAGCACAGAUGCAUAGUCGGUGUAAGAGUAUUUUAAGUUUUAUGGCUGUUAAAGGGCUGGGUUGGUUUUUUUUUUCUCCUUUUUUUGCUCCAACAUCUCCAUAGCUUGCAUAUCAAGUUUUCACUAAACGAUGGAUGACCAGUUUUAAAAAUGUUGUUGUGCCAUAUUUUAUUUAUCCUUAUGCAUUAUAAUUAUAUAAAUAUCUAGAGUGAAUAUUGCAGUAAAAGAUGCUAUAAUUGUGAACUUCAGGGUUUAAACCCGAGAUGCAAGAAUGGGAAAUACUUCUCCAGUAUAUUUGCUGUUUGUGACCCUCUUUCUGAAGAGGUUUCCUAAGUUUUCAUAGCCUAAAAACAAAAAUCACAUCUUUGCGAUGCUAACCCUGAAGUUCUCAAGUUUGUGAUCCUUUGGGUUUUUCAAGGGACAUCUGUUUGCUUUUCUGGUGCAGUCAAACCAUUCUUUAGCAAGGUCUUGUUGCUGGAGUUAAUGAGGAAGAGGUGGAAUGGGUUGAUCCAUCCUGCUUGGUUUUUUUAACCUAUUAAUCUUUUAAGCAAUUGAUCUCAAAUUAUAAAACAACGGUUUAGGACUCUGUUCUACUUAAACUUUUUAGGAGUGAGAGCCUGCCCUCGCUGAGUGGGGCUUUUGUGGAGAAAGCAGUAGAUUAUGAGGUUGCUGUUGCUCAGGAAUUGAUUAGUAAACUUUUAACUACUAAUAAAAAUCCAUUUUUCAAUGGAUUUUUUAAAAAAAACAUUUUCUUAGAACAAUGAUAUGGGAUGUUUCCUAGUGAAUAGGAAUUAGUUUAUAUAAUUUAGCCUAUUAAAUGGAAUUAUUUAAAAUUCAAACUUCCCCUAAUUUAUCUUUUUUUUUUGUUGGGUUCUUUUUUAUACUGGUAAGUUGUCCUGUCAUUCCUUUCAUUCUUCCAUAGAAGUAGCGUGAAUUCUUCUGGUGUGUAUAUAUGUAUGUAUAAUAUAUAUAUUUCCACCCUGCCUUUCUAAUUCUCCGCAAUGUAAGAGUUAGUUUUUUCUCCCCUCCCUCCACUUAAUUUCUUGUGUCUUUACCUUGAUUUGUAAUUGAAACAAUGCUUUGAAGUUUUGCCUUUAUAUUAAAGUGUAUGUAUUUUAAUAUAC